AAUUUAAAUAUCCAAUCAAAUAAGUAUACGAUAACCGCAGAAGAUGUCCAGCACAAAGAAGAAAUCUGUUUUUAAAUCAGCAAGCAAAAUUCAAAGUACCAUAGAGCACUUUGCAAAGAAAGUUAAAUCAAGUAAAAAGAGGAAGGAGAAGGCUGCUAGAAAGGCAAUCGAGGAAAGCAAGGAGAACGAGGUCAAUGAUGCAUCAGAAUUAGAGCCUGAGACUAUGGCACACAGCACUACACCUCCAAAGAAUCCGAGCCCUGUGAGCUCUUUCCUACCUCCUAGGCCAGAUUUCCUGCCUCCUGUGAUGCAGAGUGAGUUGAUGUACUCAAACCCUCUUAAUUUGCACCCAAUGAGCGGCACUUCAAGCCAGGAAAUGCUUGCCAGCUGAUUGUACUAUAAACAUAUGUACCAUACAAGUUUAAUGGCGGCUAAGGGGAAGCUUCCAUUACAACCAAGAUCUCUCGAUGAGCCCCCGAUCUAUGUCAACAGAAAACAGUAUAAACGUAUCAAAAUUUUGAGAGAGAAGAGGCAGAAGAGAGAGCAAAGAGAGGAGCAAGAGGCUCCUAAAAACAAGAACUCUCAGUGUAAAAUUAAAUAUGAGUCAAGAGUCAAGCAUGCCAAUAGAAGACCUAGAGAUAGAAAUGGUAGGUUUUAUAAGAAAGGCGAAGCUCCUGGCGAGAAGCCUGAGGAGAGCUCCCAAAAGGACAGGGAGAAACUCUCUGAGAAGAGCAAGGACAUAACUAAAACGUCAAAUGAAUAAUUUUCAAAUAAU